AAUUUAUUUUUUUAUAUUAUUAAUUGUAUUGAAUUACGAGACCCGAAGUACUAAUAGUAUUAAUAGUAGUAUUUAGUCGACUAAAUGAAUCAAACAUUUGUUAAUAAUCACCGAAAUAGCCGUUUCGGUAACGGCGGACAUCAUCACCAACAAGAUGGUCGGCCGCACCGUAACUCUAGUGGUUACUACUAUAGAGGUGGUGACCGAAGUCUCGGCACUGGUGGUGACCGCAACAAUGUCGGUGGUGGUGGCGGCGGCGGCGGCCAAUUCUACCGAUCUAAUGGUAGUCAGGGUUAUUACCGAGAAGCGAGAGGUGACUAUAGGAAUGGCCCGAAACAGUUGUACAAUAAUUACGCACCAAAUUUCGAGCCGACCACUGGCCAAACGACCCAAAUGCCCGGUAUUGCUGUUACGCGAAACAGGUCGACGACACCAGUUUUCGUGGCCAAUGAUAAUAAUCUUGAAAUGAUCAGCGAUUCGGCUUCGAUUACGAGCGCAAGUGAUGUGCCGAAAGACAAGAGCUUAUCAGCCGAUAUGAUCGCCGAAGACUUGAAACAAUUGAAUUUGAACGGAUCGGUAAAACUUAAUGAAGAAGUCAACAAUAAUCCGACACCGGAAGUCACCAAUGUUACCGAUGCGGUCAACAAUAUGGAGAUUAAAUUGCCUGAAGAGACGAAAAGCGAUUUGACAUUUGUUAACAAAUCGGCGCCAAAUCAGCCUAUUAUACGUAAUCAGCGAAGUUAUAGUGUUAGCGACUCUCAGGGGCGCUUCUCUAAGCCUAAGAAGUCGUCGGAUACGCUUCAUUUGAAUCAAAUUAAUCGCAAUAAGUUCUACCCUCACGACCGUCCACUCAAUAACAGCGCCGGUGGGAUCAAGUAUGACAACAAUGAUAAGCGACAGUACGCUAAGCCGAGGUCACUUGCCACAUCACCGCAAAAGCAGAUGCAGAGAAACUCUUUGCCUAAUGAUGGUUUUAUAAACACCAAUGCUGGUGGUGGUGGUGGCGGCGGAUAUAUUCCUUAUUCGGCACCAUAUCCUGUCAAUGGCUAUGUCCCGCAAAGAUUUAAUGGUCUACCGGAUGGAAUUUCUGGUCAAUACUAUUCGAGUGGUACCAGUAUGCGAAAUAUUGUUCAGCCAAUGCCGCUAAACAUGCCGUUGAAUCUGAUCUCCAAUAUUCCAAUGGCUAACGAUAAGCACAAAGAGAUGGUCAAACAGAUGUCCGACUCGUCGCUGCAAUCGCUACCGCAACAAACUUCAGGGGAUCAAAUUGUUUUAAAGCCAUUCAAUCCACCACUGGAUGGUCCAACGCCUCCACUCUAUUUCGGUGUCUUUCAAAACCAUCCGAUCGAAGGCUGGCAUUUCAUCUGUUGGUUUCCAUCAAACAUUGCACCGUUACGUCUGGAGCACAAUCCACUCGGACAGCUAUUGGUUCCAUGCAAUUGCAUUGAUGUCGGUCAACAGCAAUAUAUGAUGUCGCCUUUGCCUCCGCCGCCACCACCACAGCCACCGGUUCCCUGUCUGCCACCACAACAUUGCCAACAAUACUAAACAUAUAAAUAUAUAUCAUUUAAUUAUUCAUAUUUUUCUGUUAUUUAAUUUUUUUCUGUGAAUUUGUACUCAUUUUGUGGUGAUUUCUAAUAUUUAUAUAUAUAUA